GAAAUAUAGAAAGGACCAAGGAAACGUUCACAUAUCAACGUUGCUUAAUUGUUGAGAGUACAAAGUUAGUGUAGUGGGUGAAGUAGGAAAUCAAACUUCUCAAAGGCUCUUCUCUCUACCAAGUACAAACUAAUAUAUGUAUACUAUAUAUAUCUUGAUAGUACCUAUUGUGCUUCUUUGGUGGUUUGAGAUUGUGAGCUUGACACCUUCAUUCAUGAAGGGAACACUGAGAUACCUAGCAAGCGUUGCCGGCCCCAGUGGCCACGGCUCGAAAUCGACGGCCGAACAGGUCACCGAGAGUUGUUCUUACUCGAUCGACACUCGCCGUUUAACCGCUAUAAUCACCGGGGCGACGUCGGGCAUCGGAGCCGAGACGGCUCGAGUGAUGGCGAAGAGAGGAGUGAGAGUCGUGAUUGCCGCGAGGGAUCGGAAGAAGGCAGCCGAAUUGAAGGAGGGAAUUCGGAGGGAUAUUAAUCCGAAUGCUGAGAUUAUCGUGUUGGAGAUUGAUCUCAGUUCUUUGGCUUCUGUAAAGAGAUUCUGCACACAGUUCCUAGCUCUGGGGCUUCCCCUUAACAUCCUCAUAAACAAUGCUGGGAUAUUCUCUCAGAAUCUGGAGUUUUCUGAGGACAAAAUUGAGAUGACAUUUGCAACUAAUUACCUGGGGCAUUUUUUAUUGACAGAAAUGUUGAUAGAGAAGAUGAUAGAAACAGCAGAGCAGACAGGGAUCCAAGGAAGAAUCAUAAACCUUUCUUCUGUGAUUCACAGCUGGGUUAAAAGAGACUCUUUCACCUUCAACCAAAUGCUCAACCCUAACAACUAUAAUGGCACACGUGCUUAUGCUCAAUCCAAAGUAGCAAACAUAUUGCAUGCCAAAGAAAUAGCCAGACAGCUAAAGGCGAGAAAUGCAAAUGUAACCAUGAAUGCAGUACACCCAGGAAUCGUAAAAACCGGAAUUAUCAGAGCACACAAGGGCUUUAUUACAGAUUCUCUUUUCUUUAUUGCGUCCAAGUUGCUCAAGUCUACAUCUCAGGGUGCAUCCACUACCUGCUAUGUAGCACUGAGCCCACAUGCACAAGGGAUGAAUGGGAAAUACUUUGCAGACUGCAAUGAAAGCAACUGCUCAGCCUUAGCCGAUGAUGAAUCAGAGGCACAACGGCUUUGGAGGCAAACCCGAGCCCUGCUCCGAAACAAUUAGGAGUGUUGUUGACGC